AUGACUGGGUUGCUUCUGCUGUGUUUGUACCUGCAUGCGGUCUCAGCGACAAUAUCCUUUGGAGACAUUUCCGAGCAGGACAGUACUCUGAGUGUCAGCAUUCCUGUGGAGCAGCCACUGCGCCCCCUGCUGGGAGGAAAGGUGAUUGUGCCCUGCUACUUCCAAGACAACACGGUCCACGACCCCGGUGCCCCCACCAUCGCCCCCUUGUCCCACCGUAUCAAGUGGAGUUACAUAAACAAAGGCAAAAUAAGCCUGAUUUUGGUAGCCACAGAAGGGCAAGUUCACAUCGAGAGUGACUACUUGGACCGGGUGAACAUGGUGAAUUACCCUUCUGUCCCUACCGAUGUUACAAUACAGAUCGUUGAGCUACACUCCAAAGAUUCUGGUACUUACCGCUGUGAAGUCAUGCAUGGAAUUGAAGAUAACUAUGACUCAGUUGACAUCCAGGUCCAGGGAAUCGUCUUCCACUAUCGGGCCAUCACCAGCCGGUACACCCUGACGUUUGAGAAAGCCAAGGCAGCCUGCAUCCAGAACAGCGCCGUCAUAGCAACACCUGCUCAGCUGCAAGCAGCUUACGAUGAUGGCUUUCACCAGUGUGAUGCUGGCUGGCUAGCGGACCAAACUGUCAGGUAUCCCAUUCAUGAGCCACGAGAGGGUUGCUAUGGAGACAAGGAGGAUUUCCCAGGAGUAAGAACCUAUGGAAUCAGAGAUGUGAAUGAAACAUAUGAUGUGUAUUGCUUUGCAGAGAAGAUGUCAGGCAGAGUCUUCUAUUCCAUGUCUGUGGAGAAGUUCACCUUUAAUGAAGCUGGGGACCAGUGUGCUAAGCUUGGUGCCCGACUGGCCACGACGGGAGAGUUGUACUUAGCCUGGCAAGCAGGAAUGGAUGUGUGCAAUGCUGGCUGGCUGGCAGACAGGAGCGUGCGUUACCCCAUAAACAUCAUUCGACCCCAGUGUGGUGGGGGCCUGCUGGGGGUGCGAACUGUAUACCUCUACCCAAACCAGACUGGUUACCCUUAUCCAGACUCCCACUAUGAUGCUGUCUGCUAUGAAGGUAAACAUAAUUUAGGACUACUCACAGCUUUGCCAUGGACCUCCACACAGCCUUCCCCAUUCCCUGUCCUUCCCACAACCACAGAACCUGGUGUGAGUGUGGCUACAGUCACCACCAGGCCUGUGGUCUAUCCUAUUCGAGUCACCCCUGAGGUUAGAGGCGAGCUGGUAACACUCGAGCCUUUGGAGACUACCUCUGAGGAGUUAACCCAGCCCCUUGCUCCUCCAUUUACUGAGGGAUAUCCGGGGGUCUUUGAGGAGGUGAUCACACCAGCAACUGCUCAGCCUGGAGCUGCUUCUGAAUUGCCCAGAGAGAAUGUCACCACAGAGAAACAACCUGAGGGCUUGGUGUUCCAUUAUCGCUCUGGCGCCAGUCGAUAUGCCUUCACCUUCGAGCAAGCCCAGAGGGCCUGUCAGGGUCUGGGUGCCAUUAUAGCUACUCCUGAACAGCUUCAUGCUGCGUAUGAGUCUGGUCUCCACCAGUGUAACGCUGGAUGGCUGCGGGACCAGACAGUCAGCUACCCAGUCAUAUCUCCACGAUACAAGUGCAGGGGGGAUCUGGGGGAUGUCCCAGGGGUGCGGUCCUAUGGUCUGAGACCUGCCCAUGAGCAUUACGAUGUGUACUGCUACAUGGAAGAGUUAAAAGGUGAGGUUUUCCACGUCAGCUCCUUCGCCGGCUUUACUUAUUAUGAGGCUCUGGCUCACUGCAGGAGACAGAAUGCCACCCUGGCCUCCCCAGGAGAGCUGCAUGCAGCCUGGAACCGUGGCUUCCAUAAGUGCAGCGCUGGUUGGCUGUCCGAUCGGAGCGUUCGCUACCCUGUCCGCUCGCCAAGCCGUGGGUGUGGUGGGAACAGAGCUGGUGUGCACACAAUUUACGCCAGCCCGGACCAGACGGGCUUCCCUGACCCUUACUCCAGAUACAAUGCCUACUGCUUUAAAGCUGAUCUGUCUGUGAUGUUCCAUGAGGCCAGAUUUAAUGCCACAGAGAUGGAGAUGGAGCUCAACAUGACAAUUAUAACACAGAUGUUAAGACCAGCUCGUCCCAUUGUUCCUCCUAUAUCAGUGGAUAUGGCUGGAUCAGCCUCGGGUUUUGAGUCCGGUUCUGCUGAUUUCAGUUCAGACGGCAUGUCUGCCAGUGGCACACCUAGUGGAGACAUAUCUGGAUCAGAGCUCAGUGGGGAUUGGUCAGGCAUUCCAGUGAGCUUUGAAGACAGGGGCAGUGGAGAUGUCCUCUCCGUGGAUGGCUCUGUUUCAGGAGGACCUCAGGAGGUUGAAGAGGGGAGCACUGUGAUUCUCACCUCUGGCAUCGGAUCUGGAGACAUUAGUGGUUUCUAUUCAGGUGAUGUCUUUGUGUCUGGUGAGGAGAGUGCGUUUGGUGGGCUGCCUUCUGGAACAGGUGGCAGGGACUCUUUGGUUACUCCAGUUGAUGAUCAUUUGGUUGACAUUUCCAUUUCACAAACCAAAACAGAACAGGAGGCUGGCGGAAGUCGCACUGAGAUUAGUGGCUCAGGGCUUGACAGCGUGAGUGGUGAUAUCAUGAGUGGAUCUGCAUCGGGCUUUCCUGAAGUGACAUAUGUGGACUCUGGGAUGAUUGAUCUGACUGUAAGACGAUCUGAGGAGCAAGAGUUCUCUGGCUCCAAGCUGUUCAGAUCUGGAGAAGGCAGUGGUUUCUUCUCUGGUGACCCAUCUGGAACAUCUGGUUUGUCAGGCCAUCCAUCAGGGGAAAUGACAGAUCAAUCCACAGGCAGGGAAGGAGACAUCAUGUUUACGACGGAAGAUGAAAUCAUAGAGGUCACGUUUCGGCAAAUAGAAACAGAGCAGAUCCGUGGACCCACUGUGAUCAGUGAGGGGGAAAGAUGGUCAGCAGAAGAUUUCUCCAGCUCUGACGUUCACUUGCCAGCACUGUUACAUUCUGCCAAGAGCACUACCACGACAACAACAAUCACAACAUUUGCCACAGCUCCGUCUGUCUCACUGCAGACACCGUCAGUGGUGGAGCAGCCUUCCAUCACAGAGGUUCCUCCUGAUCAAUGUGAUCCAAAUCCUUGUGGCAUCGGCAUGUGUUCUGUGCAAGAUGGCAUCGCAUUGUGCCAGUGCCCUCCAGGACUGACAGGAGAAGACUGCACAACACCGGUGCAUGGCUGUGCCCAGGGCUGGGAGGAAUUCAUGGGCAGCUGUUACAUACACUUUCCUGAGCGUGAGACUUGGACCAAUGCUGAGCAGCGUUGCCAAGAGCUAAACUCCCACCUGGUCAGCAUCACCUCCCAGCAAGAGCAAGAUUUUGUCAACACUCAAGCCGAGGACUACCAAUGGAUUGGACUCAACGACAAAGAUGUCCAAAAUGAGUUUCGCUGGACGGACGGGACUCCUUUGCAAUAUGAGAACUGGAGACCAAAUCAACCAGAUAACUAUUUCAACUCAGAGGAGGACUGCGUGGUCAUGAUCUCGCACGACGGGCUCGGCCAGUGGAACGACGUGCCAUGCAACUACCACUUACCUUUCACCUGCAAGAGUGGCCCAAUCACCUGUUCCUCCCCUCCUGAAGUGGAGAAUGGUAGGAUGCUGGGGAGUGGAAGGGACCGCUACCCUGUUAACUCCAUAAUCCGUUACCAGUGUAACACAGGCUUCACACAGCGCCACCUGUCUGUGGUGCGCUGUAUGCCCGAUGGCCAAUGGGAACAGCCUCAAGUGGAGUGCAUAGGAAGCAAUACAAACAUCAGACUACGGAAAAGAUCUGUGAAGAGAAGGUCUAAAGCAGUCGGCAAUCAGACAUCAUCCUCUAAGCUGAACUGA